AUGCACAAAGAUGAAAAAGAUAAUUUAUAUUUUUUUUCGGCCAUCGUUAUCUUUUUCAUCAGUAGAGGUUCCUUUUUCGGAGUGGUGGUUACUAUUAUAUUUCAACCGACAAUAAGAACGCCGUUUUUUUUUAAUCACCUAGUUGAUUCAAUUAGUCACAAAUCAUUUGAUUUACCAGCAUCCCUUUAUACACUUUAUUUUAUUCACAAUGAAACCUAUCCUGUGAUUAAAUUAAAAAAAAAGGAAAAAGACUAUAUAAAAAAAACAGGGCUGAUUGUUGGGUUUGUACGUCUUGCCGUUUCACCUGAUUCUCUCUCUUCUCUUCUCCCUUACAUCUUUCUCCCAGUUUCCCGGAAUUAUUUUUUUUUGUGUCAAAGCUAUGCAUAA